AUGUUGAUCAGUAUUUCCGACAUUGAAAGCUAUACUGGCUUUCGUGUAGUUUUGCCUAUGCAUCGAGGAAAAAGCCUGCUACCGAUAGAAGAAGUGAAAGACGAAAUAACAGGAGAGUCAGCAGUUUUUCUUGACGUUGGUUUUUGCUCUGGUUUCUGCCCGACAACGCAUCGGUCACCGUAUGACCACGUUGUGCACGAGUCAAAGAUUCAAAAGCGGCAAACCAUCGUCGGCUGUUCGUCCUCUUCUACCGAAGACCUUGUUCUUCUAAGUCCAAGAGGAACUCUCGUCAGAAUUGACUCUCUGAUAACAAAAACCUGUUCUUGCAAAAGAUUUCAUUCUUGCGAAUAUUUUUAUUAA